ACUAGAAAGUAGCGAUGAGUAUGGCCGUUGGGAAUUAAGUUAAGAAAUGGAGAGGCGAGUGGUUCAAGAAAGUCGGCUCCGGCCACACUUUGUUUGGUGUUGGUCUCUCUUCUUCCUCAAAGAGAGACGUGGAGAAUUCCAGAAGCCUCGUCUCCCAACCCAUCGACGCGGCGACUCUCUCUCUCUCUCUCUCUCUCUCCUCCCACGCACGCGGCACGCCCCCCUUCAUGGUCUACGUACGUAUUCGAUACUUGCCCUAGUUAUUUUGAUUGGGUUUGAUUCGAAUUGAAGUAAGCGGAUGCGGCGCCGGAGGUCCCCAUCACCUGACCUCGCAUCGCAUUGCAUCGCAUCAGUUGGAAGGCGACGUCGGACGCUUCCUUCACCCCUCCUCCACAAAGAGAGAUUAAUUCGCUGAUCAAGCGGAGCAGCAGCGAUGGUUUUGCGCGACCAAGAUCCGGAUGUCAUCCGAUGGGGCCUUCACCAUCUCCUCCCCGGUGCUGCUGCUGCUGCUGCUGAUGACUACUCUGCUUAUCAUCACGCUCAAACCGCCACUACUACAGGUUGUACUGGCUACGCCCAGGUUGUUGAUGACCGGAACGGGGAUAGCUCCGUUGAGGUCAUGAUUGAACAUGAUGUCGACCACCAGGAUGCUGUUGAGAACGACGAAAUCAUCGCACAAACCCUGCAGGAGGAGUUAUCCCAAAUCACCUUUGCCGAAGCAUCUGGAACAUCCUGCGCCGACGACCACCAUUCCGCUGUCCUCGCACAAGAAUGGUUGCGCCCGCACAUCAUCCAUGUAGCCUCAGGUACAGCUCCAGCUUCUGAGGAGGCGGAGAGCAGGGAACCUUUUAGCUCAUGUUCAAGCCCUGGAGAUAACAAUGUCCAUGAUGGUGAGGCAUGCUUAAUAGUAGUGGAUGACUUCUCCAUCCUGGAUGGAGAAGUUGGGAAAAGAUUGAACGACAUGCUCCCAGUUCCUCAUGUUCCUAAAACAAAUGGAGAGAUUCCUUCUGUUGAUGAAGCCAUUUCAGAUCAUCAAAGGCUCCUUGACAGGCUCAUGUUGUAUGAUCUGGCUGAGCUCAAGAUAAAAGGAGAUGGCAAUUGUCAGUUUCGAGCAUUGUCUGAUCAAUUUUACCGUACUCCUGAACAUCAUAGAUUUGUUCGGCAACAAGUGGUCAACCAGCUUGAAUCUCAUCCCAAUAUUUAUGCUGGAUAUGUCCCUAUGGAUUACAAAGAAUAUUUGAAAAAGAUGUCGAAGAGUGGAGAGUGGGGUGAUCAUGUUACAUUGCAGGCUGCUGCAGACUCGUACGGUGUAAAGAUUUUCAUCCUGACAUCAUUCAGAGAUACGUGCUACAUUGAAAUUCUCCCUGUUGUUGAGAAAUCAAAAAGAGUUAUAUGCUUGAGUUUUUGGGCUGAGGUGCACUACAACUCUAUAUAUCCAGAAGGAGAGUUACCAGUUUUGGAGAACAACAAGAAAAGGUGGUGGCCCUUCUAGCAUUCCCAAGAAGGACAUUAGAAGCAGCUAACAGUGGGAUAUACUCUGCAGCCAGCUGUAUACUCCUCCAUUUGAUUCAUUCUUUUCCGGGUGGCAGCUCAUCAGACCAAGUGACCAUUUUGUUCGGCCAUGUGAUCGACGACAAUGGAUCCAGUGACCUUGGGAGUUGGGAGGCUGCACUGCGAUAGGAUUUGUUGGUGUUACUUGUAGACGGUAUCUGUACAGACAGAUAGGUUUUCGGAAUUGUUUCUAACUCUGAUAACUGUUGAAGGGUUUUUCGAUGUUGAUCAGGAAUUCAGAGUUGUGAGUGAUAGGCACAUUAUUUUGAUCAACGGACAGCCUGACUAAUUUGGUUGGAAAUAUCAGGAAAAAAAGGAAUACUACUUGUUCAUCUUCAGAUUUCAGUACAUAUAUAUUGAUUAUAACUCGGCAAACUGUCAAGCAGAGCUAA